UUAUGCUAGUUAUUUAAGAAACUUCAAGAAUCUCUGUCGAUCCCCAUGUCUUGAUGGUCCGAGACGCAUAAGAAAAUUUGGAUAUUGGUGUCCGUCGCGAUUGGUUGCUCUAUCGAAGCUAUUACGAGAAGAAACGAUUAAUUUCGCUUUUAGCUGUUCAUCAUGGGUGGCGAAUGGCUUCUGCUCAAGUACGUUCUACACCGCACAGCAGAAGCGACAAUACUGCGGCAAAGCAUGCAACCUGUGCUAG